GCAAUCAAAAUCGGUUAGAAAACAAAAGAGAAAAUAAGGCGAGUGUGCAAUGUGAGGCUUCGGACCGCGGUGUCCGAGCGAAAAUUUGCCAAUUGUCAGAUUUUGUUAGAAUAAUGUGUUCGCAAACUAAGAACAAACAUAAAAGAUUCGCUUCGAAACAAUGGAGAAAAAGUUAAUGUGAUACUAGUUGUAGUAAGUUUGGUGUGUACUGCGUAGUUGGCUGUGAAAACGGUAACCAGUCGACGUCAUACGAGUCCAGCUAAGAACAUUUGCAAAAUUUCGGGUGAAAAAGUUGUAUUUGUUUUAAAUAACGUGAAAAUCGGACGAAAGUAGCGUCGGGUAAAGGCGUAGAGAGUUCACACCCAGUCUCAACGCCGUUGAAAAAGAUUUGUAGUCGUAGUCACAGAACAAAAAUGUCUGCCUUCAUUAGUAAACCGCUAAGUGGGUGGAUUCACUCGGACAAGUUAAUCUCCAAACAGGGGGCCAGCUAUGCUGUAAAAUAUGUGGGGUGUCUGGAAGUUAAAGUAUCCAUGAAAACCCUCAAUUUCAAGACUCGAUCGACUGUUGCCAAAGAGUGUAUAAACAAAGUAUGUGAAGCUGCCGGUUUCAAAACUGUUGAUAAAAAAAGAAAAGUUGAUAAAAAGGUUCUUAAAGCCAUCGCGGAAGUUCCUAAUAUGACUCACGCAGGAGCUAAUGUCUCACUAAAUGUCUCUAGUUCGAGCUUGUCUCUCACCUCAUUCGAUGAUAACAAAGUUAUAGCAUGCCAUGAUAUGCCUCACAUAUCUUUUGCUUCAGGAGGGGAUUGUGACACACUUGACUUUGUGGGGUAUGUCGCCAAGGACGUCAAUGACUUCCGAGCAUGCUAUGUACUAGAGUGUGGAGGAGGCUUAGCAAAAGAUGUCAUAGCGACAAUAGGACAAGCCUUCGAACUCAGGUUCAAGCAGUACAUGAAGCCAACACAAGUUGGACUGGCGAUGGGUCAGCCGUCGACAUCAACGGGCGGCGACGCAGACAAAGACUAUUACAACGAUUUACCCGGAAAAGUGCCUCCCGACGUAGGGCCUCCGCCCGUCCCCCCUCUCCCCACCGUGGUUCCUCCUUUCACAACUCUCCCCGCAGUCCAAAGUCCUAAUUUGAUAGACCUAAAUUCCGACAUAUCAAUUUUUGAUACAACUCAUCACGAUUACGUCAAUGACAGCGUUGCGUUUAAAGAAAGGGACGUUUUUGAUAUGCAGCCGUUUACGCAUCACCAGCUUCCGCCUAUUCGGAGUAUAGAAGAUCAUUUGGCUGAGCUUCAGAAUGAAAUAUGGUUUCAUGGACAGAUAAGUCGGGCUGAUGCUGAGAAGCUUCUCCAGAAGGAUGGCGAUUUUCUGGUGAGGGAGUCUCCGAAUUCGGAAGGACAGUUCGUGCUUUCGGGGAUUCAAGACGAUACGAAGAAGCAUUUGCUGUUAAUUGAUCCUGAAGGAGUUAUACGGACGAGGGAUCGGAUGUUCAACAGUGUUAGUCAUCUUAUCAACUUCCACUGUGAGAAUGUGCUACCAAUUAUAUCAGCUGAGAGUGUUUUAGUACUCCGGAAUCCAGUACCUCGAAUAUCAUAAGUUUUAGCUGGUGAAUAUAAAUUUGCCUUGCACUAGCUUCUAUGUUGUAGUACUGUUGAAUGCAAGUUUAGCAAAUUUUUAAUAGUACAAAUGAUAUUUUUUAUUUGCCAUAUGAUAGUUAUAUGUAUAGUGAUACAUAUGCGUUUAUUUUUGCUAAGCUUGUUUGUGAGAUCUUUAUUUCAAAUAACUACCACAGCAUAAAUACAAAUUGUGUGAGCGACAGUAUUUUGGCACAAUAUAUAUCACGUUCAUAGUCAACAAUAUAUAUACACUUGUUAUACAUGUAAGGAAGUGUUAUGGCGCAUUGUGAUUUUAGUCAUUAGUUUUAAAGUUCAUAAAGUUUACUAAAUGUGAUAACACAUGGCUUGGAAAGUUUAGACGUCUGACUAAGUUAGUCAUAUCUUUGAUAUACUUACAUUACUCGUGAUGAUAAAUAUCGGAUUAAAUUUUUAAAUCUUUACAAAAUAAGUCGACGGAGUUGCUUUUUCUUUUACAAUUUAUCUAAAAUUGAUCUGAUAUGACGUUUUCACUUGUUUUCAAUUGAAUUAAUGACCAAAUGGAAGACUAGUUGUGUCAUGACUCUGUAAAUUUUUGACAGUUUGACAUUUCUGCACAAAAAGAAGUGUUCACGUUGAGACUGAAAACGAAUACAAAAUAGCACUUACGUUUUUGAUUGUUUUUUCGUGGUUUGUUUCUUGUUAAUUAAACCAUUGACUUUGCUUUUGUAAUGAGUAUUUUGACAUUCAUUACCAACAUUGACGCAAUUAGUAUAAAAUUUUACCAAUAAUAGUGUCAAUGGUUUUAAGAAAAUGACGUGAUAAACUGUCAGGUUCAAAUACUUGCUUGAAUUUUCUCCAAUUAAGUUUAUUACUGUUAUUGUUCAAUUAUGACCAAAAGUUGGGUUACUCUUCUUUUAAAAUUAGGGCGAACUUAACUCAUUUCCUCAGAAAUUUGGAUCACUACUAAGUUAAUUUUUUACACAGUGUGAUAAUGAUAAAGUGAAUACAUAAACUUGUUCCAAAUCAAUAUCACAUGCUUUUAAUAUGAUUAUCAGUUUAUGGAAUCUUUCGUACCAGUAAAAUUUUUAAUAACUAUUAUGUUAUUGCUUCUUUUUUCAAUCUUACAUUUUAAAAAUUGGUUUCUUAAUUAUCUUAGGAUUGCUUUUUCCUAAGUUGAUAAAUUUUUUCUUCCACUUUGUAAUGCUUUAUUAGAACGUGGUAUAUAAUAUGAACACCUGAAAAACUAUAUUCAAUAAUGAAAUUCAAAAUUCAGACAAAGUAUAUACUAAAAUUUUCGACAGUUUUAUGUUACUUUGUGGAGAAUCUUUUUGUAUAAAAAUGUUUCUCCUAAUUUCUUCUAUAUUUUUAUUUAUUGCACCACUCCAUUAUUGUUUUUUUAACAACAAAUUGUUCGGGCGUCUACAGUCCCCUCAUCGUUCUAUAAUUAUACAUUUAAAAAAUGGCGUAUUGUUACGAGUUUAUGAAUCUUUCGUAACAGCGAACAUCUUAAUAACUAAAUAAUUAUCUUAUUAUUCCAUUUUUUAAUCUUAUUUUUUUUAAUUCCUCAAUGGUUUAAAAAAAUCUUCCAUUGAUUAAAAAAAUCUUAAUUUUGUUCCUUCUUUAUCU